AUGCAGAGCGUCGUUGCUAGUCGUGCCGCCAGCCUUGCCUCGAAGGCUAGCCGUGCUGGCGUUGCAGUUCCCAUUCGGCGCGGUCUUGCCACUGUAUCUGAUGCUCCUAAGCGUACGUACGGUGGCUUGCGCGACCAGGACCGUAUUUUCCAAAACUUGUAUGGUCACCACGACUUUCGUCUGAAGGGUGCUAUGGCCCGCGGUGACUGGCACCGUACCCGUGAUAUUCUUGACAAGGGUCAUGACUAUAUCAUUAACCAGAUGAAGGCCUCUGGUCUUCGUGGUCGUGGUGGUGCUGGUUUCCCCUCCGGUCUCAAAUGGAGCUUUAUGCUCAAGCCCGGCUGGGAGAAGGACUUUCGUCCCCGCUACCUGGUUAUCAACGCUGAUGAGGGUGAGCCUGGUACGUGCAAGGACCGUGAGAUUCUUCGUCACGACCCCCACAAGCUCAUUGAGGGCUGCUUGAUUGCUGGCCGUGCUAUGGGUGCCAAUGCCGCUUACAUUUACAUUCGUGGCGAGUUUGUGGAAGAGGCCUACAACAUGCAAGUCGCCGUUAACGAGGCUUACAAGGCUGGUCUGAUUGGCAAGAACGCUUGCAACUCGGGCUUCGACUUUGAUGUUUACGUUCACCGUGGUGCUGGUGCCUACAUUUGCGGUGAGGAGACUGCACUGAUUGAAUCGCUGGAAGGCAAGCAGGGGAAGCCGCGUAUGAAGCCGCCGUUCCCGGCUGACACUGGUCUGUUCGGUUGCCCGACCACGGUAACGAAUGUCGAGACGGUGGCCGUGGCGCCUACCAUCAUCCGUCGUGGUGCGGAGUGGUUUGCGAGCUUCGGUCGUGAGAAGAACCAGGGUACCAAACUGUUUGCCAUUAGUGGUCAUGUGAACAAGCCAUGUGUCGUGGAGGAAGAGAUGAGCAUUCCUCUGAAGGAGCUCAUUGAGCGCCACUGUGGUGGUGUGCGUGGUGGCUGGGACAACCUCCUGGCUAUCAUCCCCGGUGGCUCAUCUACGCCUUUGAUCCCUAAGCACGUGUGUGAGGAGGCACUCAUGGACUUUGACUCGCUGCGCGACAACCAGACGGCCCUUGGUACUGGUGCCGUAAUUGUCAUGGACAAGUCAACAGACCUGGUGAAGGCUAUUUUGCGUCUGAGCAGGUUCUACCAACACGAAAGCUGCGGUCAGUGCACGCCCUGCCGUGAGGGUACCUCGUGGCUCGCGAACAUGAUGCAGCGCAUGACGGAGGGCCGCAGCUCUCUGCGCGAAGUUGAUAUGCUCUGGGAGAUCGGUCGCCAAAUGGAGGGUCACACCAUUUGUGGUUUGGCGGAUGCUGCGGCUUGGCCGAUCCAGGGUCUUUUGCGUCACUUCCGACCUAUGGUUGAGGACCGCAUUAAAGAAUACGAGGCGAAGAACGGUCCGGUUCUGUUCGGUGGCCGUCUUGCUAAGGAGCGUGACCCGAACCUGGCUAUUCCGGGCAACCUGUCGUACCCUAACCAGGAGACCAAGGACAACUACCAGCCUGGCAUUUCCAGUGCGUAA